AUGGGCGUCAUUAGAAAGAAGAUUGCCGCUAGGGGCGGCGAAGGCGGUGUGAAAUAUGUUUGCGACGUCUGCUCCUCUGAUAUCACAUCAACAAACUCAUUCCCCAUAUUCGACCGAGAAUGGGGUGCCGACGAAGAACUGCUCCUCCUCGAGGGUGCUGAGAUCUACGGCCUAGGAUCGUGGUCAGAUAUUGCUGACCACAUCGGCGGAUACCGGCACAAGGACGAGGUUCGUGACCAUUACCUCGAGGUCUAUGUCAAGUCGCCAAAUUUCCCUCUCCCGAAACGAUGCAGCCCCCACGACAUGGAACUGGCGAACGAGAUUUCGAGAGAAGAGUUCCAGGCCCGCAAGAAGCGCAGGAUCGAGGAACGAAGAGAAGCGGCCAAGAAUGCGCCCGCUCUGCAACCCAAGACAAAGCCGACUGCCAGUGUACCAGCCUGUCACGAGAUCCAGGGCUACAUGCCUGGCCGAUUGGAGUUCGAGACCGAGUACGCCAACGAAGCGGAGGAGGCAGUGCAGCAUAUGCAGUUCGACCCUGGGGAUGGCAUCAACCCACGUACGGGCGAGCUAGAGCCUGAGAUGGAGCUUAAGCUUACGGUGAUGGAGAUCUACAACUGCAGGCUGACGCAGCGUGCCGAGCGCAAAAAAGUCAUCUUUGAGCACAACUUGUUGGAUUACCGGGAAAACAGCAAGCUAGAGAAGAAGAGAACGAAGGAAGAAAAGGACCUGUUGAACAAGGCUAAGCCUUUCGCACGGAUGAUGAAUCAGGUCGACUUUGAACAAUUUUGUGAGGGGCUCAUUGACGAACUCAACCUUCGACAAGCAAUCGCGCAACUACAAGAAUGGCGUGGCCUAAGGAUCGGCGACCUCCGGAGCGGCGAGAAGUACGAGCAGGAGAAGGCGUUGCGUAUCCAAAAGUCAAUACCUUUAGGAUCCAUGGACCGCGAGAGGCUGGCAACAAGCCAGCGUAACAAGCAACAGCCGCCGCCCGAGCCGCCGAGUGGCGCGGCCCUCCUAGUUGCGCCCGAGCUACCGAUCCGCUCAGCGGCGACGGCCGGGAUAUCGAGUGGCGAAGGGGCCAACGAUGCGAAAGCAGCAGAGGCUAACGGCCAUCACAUCAACGGUGCGAGCGUGGUUGUCGCUAACGGCACCUCAUCUGCGAAGCAAAAGUACAUCCCGCAGCCGAUACCCGGAGUGCAGCCGACUUCGCUCAGCCAGGACAAUGCGCCAGAUCUUCAUCUGCUCACUUCGGAGGAAGCGAAGCUGUGCGAGACCAUCCGCCUUCAGCCGAAGCCGUACCUGAUGAUUAAGGAGCAGAUCCUCAAGGAGGCGCUUAAGGGCAAUGGGAGCUUGAAGAAGAAGCAAGCUAAAGAGAUAUGUCGCUUGGACUCCCAAAAGGGCGGAAGGAUUUUUGACUUUAUGGUGAAUGCCGGCUGGGUGGUCAAGGCUUGA